AAUGAGGAAGUGUUCUGCCCUGACACACGUAAACAGAACUGAGCUGGGUUUUGGCCGUCCGUCAUGUUGUCUUAACCUCCCGGACACCAGCUGCGGUUUACUGUAGAGAAAUGUCAGGACACGUCCCUGGUCUCAGUGAGUCUGUGGUGGUCCGCAGUCUCCGGCGGCUCCGAGAGCGGUACUUCCCCGACAGCAGCGCAGUCACAGCGGCUGUGGACACGGACCAAGAAGACUCUCAGCCGGGCUUUUUGGAAAGUUUACCGGUUGACCUACAGUUCUUGAUCAUGACCUUUCUGUCCCCGGCUGACCUCUGCCUGCUCGGAGCCACAUGUCACUACUGGAGAAGGAUGGUGAGAGACCCUCUGCUCUGGCGGUUUCUCUUACUCAGAGAUAUGCCUUUCUGGAGCUCCAUCGAUCAUCUGAGCAUGCCUCAGCUGGAGCUAUUGGAUGCACCUCUGAUUGAUGAGAAGGAAAGCCUGGAUGAUCGAGAAGAGGGGGCUGACACUGAACCUAGAGUGGAUUACAUGGCAGAGUACCUCAGAGGCUCCCCCUCCUGCAGACAGCAGUGGCUUCCUUCUGUAGCGCCCUACAAAGUGCUCACUUCCUUCCUUCAGUCCCUGGUGGUUUCAACUGAGCCUCGUUACGCCAUGUUUGGCCCAGGCAUGGAGCAGCUGGACGUGUCUUUUGUCACACGGCUCUUGUAUGCUCCAGACGUGCUUCCUGUGUCGGGGUCAGGCCACCCUCUCAGACAGAUCAAUGGUAUUGGCUCUGGUAUCAGUUUCUUAUUCAACAACCAGCACAAGCUCAACAUUCUGACACUGUACUUCAACAACAGGGCCGAAAGAGAGAGGGCCAGGGCCCAGCAGCAAAACGUCAACAACAAACUCUUCACAGUGGGAGUAGAUGUUGACUCUGGGGUCCCGACGUACACCCCGGCCCCACAUGUCCAGCAGGUGUGUCAGGAAGUCAAUGGUUUCAUCUACGUGGCCAAUGCGGAGAGAGUAGAUGAGGGUGAGAAUGAACCCGCUCAGAUCCAGGCUUUGUUGAGCUCGGCUUGGGGCUCUACAUCCAGGCCGCUGCUGGUGCUGUCCUGUGUCUCCAGAGAGGACAGAGGCUCAGAAACGCAGCAUGCUGGGAAUCCUAUUGCAAAGAGAGUGCCCUGUGUCUAUAUGGCAAAGAGACUGGAGCUGACCACGCUGGAAAACCCCUGGAUGGUCCAGGACGUAGUGGUGGAAUCACUAUCAGGUCUUCUGGAUGGCAUUUCUUGGUUACUGAGGUGCUCUGGUGUGAAAUUACACAGUAGAUAGUUGCUAUACAUACACUUAUUUGCUCCUAAAGAGUCAACAUAAAGAAGAAAAAACAUCAGAACAGUUCAAAAUACUGAAAGUGGAAUCUAAGUGGGAAAUGUAAAUAAAAAAAAUGGACAAAAGGACUCAAUCUGGAAUGGUAUGCAGAGGUGAACCAUGACUUAUCCAGAGAUUGCGUUUUAAUUUUCUGUGACUAUUUCAUCAUGGCUGAACAAACACGGACAGGGUCUUUGUACAGUAUAAUCUGCACUAUGUACUAUAUUGUACUUUCUUUUGUCACUUUUUGUAAAAUGUUGUAAAGUAGUGUCUGUUAGGGAUGUACCGAUUUAUCUCUUUCAGUUUGCAAUACCGAUUUUAUUAAUAGCUUUAAGAUACCCGAUAUCAACCGAUACCAGUGCAGAGAUAAAAACAGCAUUUACUUCUUAAACAAAAAUAACAAACAAAAAAUAUCCAAAUAUGUUAUGUAGCUGUUAUUUAUCCCACAAGUGCUGACAGAACAACUUUGUGUAAAUAAAACAUUAGGAGAUUUUAUGGGCCAACUAUGACCAGUAUACCGUAGUCUUAUUUCAUCAAUUUGUGUCCAGUCACUAUAUCCACUUUAUUAGUAUUAGUGCUGAUAUCUGAAAUCAGUAUUGGAUUGGUGUAUCCCUGGUCUCUUUGUAAUAUUAUUUUUUUAUUUGACUAUUGUAAUUAUUGUUUAGUUUUUUUUUUAUUUUAUUUUAUUUUUUUUACAAAUAAUACUACUGUAGUAUUGAAAUUCAUAUAGUUCUUAUUUAGAUAUGUACUGUAACAUUAUAAUGCUGUUAAAAUAAACAUGAUUUUGGUACAUAGUUAUAACUAAUGUAAGUAUAUAAGUCAUUUACUUUCAGAUCUGCAAUUUCAUGGUGUUCUCAGCACCUCUCACAGUACGGGAGGGACUUUCUAUAAAUAAUGGCCCACACCAAAUCCUAUCAUAUUAUAAUAAACCUCUUGUACAAUCUUAUCUUUAUUUCAGACUUCAGAUGACAAGAUAAUGCACUUCUCAGGAGCCAGGCAUUGUUCUAGUCUCCUCUGUAACCAUAGCAAAAAAGUAACCUGAACUUUACCUCCUCCACACAAUGCUUCCUUUAAUCGAAAUAAUUACUUUCACAGAUGCCUUCAAAAAUGAAAAGGACCAUGAUUGGUGUAAUUUAGAUAUAUUAAACUAGUUCAACCAGACUGAGAAUGCCUUUCUGACUAAACUUACAGAAAUGGGUGGAAUAGUCAGCUUUUGCAAAAUGGAGAAGUGAGUUCAUGAGCGUUUUCUGUGAUAUUGAACCUUGCUUAUUUAAAACCACUUUGUAAAUAAAUUGGUUAGUUAUCUGGGAACUUACAUACCAUCUCAAAAAAUUGUCAUGAAAAAGUUCAAAAUCAGUAACAAAAUAUUGAACUUUUCCAUGAUAUUCAUUUUUUUUAGACGCUCUGUAGUUUUGAGAGCUGUCUGAAUGCCCAAGAAAACAUUGACAAAUCCUGUGUUAUUGCGCUCUGAUCCAGUAUUAGGACCCACCAGUGAGAGGAGCUGCAAGGAUCUGGAAGUUUUGUACAGAUGUGGGUCACAAGUACACUCCCAGUUUGUUUAUGCUCUAAGUAACAUUGAGUUUUUCUCGAACGUAGCAGUGGUGAGGGUGCGGGGCCAGAGGUCAUGUUUUGGAAUGGACCAAGUGCCAGACUCCCAGCUGCACAAUCACAAAGAACCCCUGGGGAUUACGAGUCACAGGAACUUCAAAUGGACCGACCCGGGACAGUGCACUAAAAUCUUGGGUGGACCUUGAUGAAGUAUGUAAAAAUUGUUUAAUUAGUACAGAAGAUAUAAAUGAGUGAUAGCUAAAUAAAAAAAAAUAUACUGUAUAUUCCAUCCAUCCAUUUUCUUACACUUAUCUGGGUCUGGGUUGCGAUGAAAGCAGUCUAAAAAGGGACUCCUAGACUUCCUUCACCCCGGACACUUCCUCCAGAUACUGUAUAUUAACAUGAUAUAUAGGGGUGCGCAACAAUUUCAAAAUAUCAAUAUAUGUUAUAAUUUAAUGUGAUGAUACAGUAUCGAUAUCGUGUCUUGCUGUAUCGAUAUAUCACCAAGAGGAUUUUUUGGUAUAUUUUACUAAAUUAUUUUGUUACAGCGCUACAGUUUUGUUGCUUAUUCAGAGGAAGGAAAGUUGUUUAUGUGACACAUUUGUCAUUUUCACUAUUUUGAUGAUUAAAAUGUUUGUAUUUCAUAUUCCCUUUGCACAAGAAGUGGUUUAACAAA